GGAUUCCACGGCCGAGCCUCGUCCUACUACUAUGUGCGACAACAAGACUCUGGCACGGUGCUCAGGCGCUUCCCCGGAUGGCUCUUUCCUGCUUUUGGUAGCGCAGGCACAGAAAAGUGUAACUCCUCUCCAUUCUCUCCCCCCCUUUCCACCUCGCCCCCCACUCCCCCCUCCCCCCAGGAAUCCUCCCCACCUUUCUGUUCCGUCGCCUCGACAGAUCUCUCCAGCCCUCCCCCCGCUCCCCAAUCCGAAGCGGCGGCGAGCUCGCGCCGGCGGAGAUCCGCCGCCUGAACCGGGUUUUCAUAGUUUCAACAAUCCUGCCGGAAUGAUGUUUUAGCAUGAUUAUAGAAGUGAAGCCUUGUAAAUGUAGAUUCUGAAGCUCUGUCAUUGCUACACACACACCUGGAUCAUGGCACCACGCAACAGAACUUCAUCUAGAAGGCCUCUCUGGGUCAUCGUCUUGAUUGCUUUUGUCUGUGCGAUAGUCACUGGAGCUUAUCUUUAUAAACCCCAACAUUACACUGGUUGCUACUUGUCCAAUUCCUGUGGUUCUCAGCCUCCUCUAGAACCUGUGAGAGUAUAUACUGAUGAUGAGAUAGCUGCUCGUGCUGUAAUGCGAGACCUUGUUCUGUCACAGCCUGUUCAGUCAAAGAAUCCGAAGAUUGCUUUCAUGUUCUUGACACCCAGUUCAUUGCCUUUUGAGAAGCUUUGGGAAAAGUUCUUCAUGGGACAUGAAGACCGAUACACAAUAUAUGUGCAUGCAUCAAGAGAAAAGACAGUUCAUGCAAGUCCAAUAUUCGCCGGCAGGGAUAUUCGGAGUGAAAAGGUGGUCUGGGGUACAGUUACUAUGAUUGAUGCAGAGAGGAGGCUCUUGGCAAAUGCACUGCAAGAUGCUGAUAACCAGCAUUUUGUUUUGCUGUCUGAGAGUUGUGUACCACUGCAUAACUUCGAUUAUGUAUAUAGUUAUCUCAUGGAAACAAACAUCAGCUUUGUUGACUCUUUCGAUGAUCCUGGUCCACAUGGAGCAGGUAGAUACUCUGAGCAUAUGUUACCUGAAAUCAUCAAGAGGGAUUGGAGAAAGGGUGCACAGUGGUUCACGGUGAAACGGCAGCAUGCAGUUCUUAUACUUGUUGACACUCUUUACUAUGGAAAGUUCAAACGUUACUGUAAGCCUGGAAAUGAAUAUCAUAACUGCUAUUCUGAUGAGCACUAUCUGCCAACCUUAUUUAACAUGGUUGAUCCAACCGGAAUCGCGAACUGGUCAGUGACACGUGUUGAUUGGUCUGAAGGAAAAUGGCAUCCUAAAGUUUAUAGGGCUGUUGACACAAGCUUUGAACUGCUUAAAAGUAUAGCGUCCAUUGACGAGAGUGUUCAUGUGACCAGCAAUGCAAAGCACGAAAUGCAGCGAAGACCGUGCAUGUGGAACGGCAUGAAGAGGCCCUGCUACCUAUUCGCACGGAAAUUUUAUCCCGAGGCGCUCGACACUCUGAUGAACAUUUUCUCGAAUUUCACCGUCAUAUGAGUAUGACGGAUGCCUCAAGGAUUCUUUCUUCACACCGAUUGUUGCCCGCCGUGGCGCUGCAGUCCAGGUGCUGUUGUGUUGUAGCUGGUGUCAGAAUACAACUGCUUGUUUAGCAGAGGUUUGCACGUUUUCAGAUGGCACCUGACCUGGCCUGCUGAUCUCUGAAGCAAAUUCUCUCAAUGGUUAGGCUAUUUUAGUAGCAGCUCUUUUAAUGGCGAUUUUUGCUGGUGUAGAACAGUGGCAACUGCAAAACUAAAUGAACCAGUUCGUCUGACAGA